GGUCAUCCUGUGGUACGAUCGAUUACCCGUGUUUUUGACACUUUCGAAGGGAUGCGAGACAAUAUAACGUCUUUGUAAAAGACCACCCCAAGUUUCCUGUAAAGUGUUAAUAUGUUUUAUUCUUAACCAAGUCGAAGGAUCGCCUUUCACCCACUGGUAGAGCUUCACCUGACUUUGCUGUAAUGCUUCGUAAGAGAAAGAUGGAGGAGGAAGAUAUAGUGUUGGUCGCGAAGGAGCUUUUGUCUGAGAAAGAAUCUGCUGAGUCAAAAGAAUGCUCAUCCCAUUGGCCAAGAAAAGACCGAUCGCAAUGGCUUAUUACUCUUAUGGCUUCAACAGCAUCCAUUUAUGUCACCAGAAUCAUAAUGCCGCUGUGUGAGCCAACACUCGCCUUAGAUAUGGGCUGGAACAAGAGAGAAUCAGGCCUGGUUUUGUCAUCUUUCUUCUGGGGUUACCUGAUCACCCAAAUUCCUGGUGGCUUUUUGAGUGAUGUGUACGGAGCUGAGCGGCUAUUAUUGUGGGCCGUUACAGGCUGCUCACUCAGUACAUUAGUUAUUCCACUUGUUGCCUCACAAAAGGUCACCUCUCCCAUCACCCUUGUCCUCAUAUCAAGGCUAGCACUUGGCGUCUUUCAGGGUAUUUAUUACCCAUCACUUUACAGCUUAUUGGCCAAGAGUUUGCCAAUAAGUGAGCGGUCAUCUUGUAGUGCCUUUGCACUAGCUGGAGGCCCUGUUGGCUCUCUUGUCAUUGGCGGUCUUGGCUCCUUGGUGCUAGCUAGAUGUGGCUGGCGCUGGGUCUUUCUAUCAUUUGGUUCAAUUGGUCUGCUAUGGGCAGUCUUAUGGAAGAAGAUUUUUAUUGAUCAUAAUUCACAAAUGAAUCCAACUUAUUCUCCAUCCCACACAAAAAGUGAACAAUCUUCUGCAAGGAAAAAUGUCCCCUGGGGGAAAAUCAUAAGUGAACCGGCCAUAUGGGCUGUGGUUAUCGUUCACUUCUGUCACAACUGUAUGUAUUUUACUCUCAUUUCAUGGAUGCCAACAUAUUUUCACGAAAACUUCCCUGAAUCUCAGGGCUGGGUGUUCAAUGUUGUUCCAUAUAUUGGGAACUUUGUUGGAAAACUUGGUGGAGGCUAUGUAGCGGACAAGAUGAUCAAGAUGGGCUUUUCAGUAGCAUUUACAAGAAAGUUUCUAGAGACCCUCGGUACUUGUGUUCCGGCACUAGUGCUUCUGAGCACCUCGCAAGCCGUUCAUUUCUGGCAGGCGCUAGUGUGUAUGUCGAUGGCGUUGUGCCUGUGUGGGGCAUCCACUAGCGGCUCUCUGAUGAACAUACAGGACCUCUCUCCCGGGUUUGCUGGAUCUAUCUCCGGUGUUGUCUUUACAAUUAGCGCAAUCCCAGGCGUCCUCGGUGUUUACGCGACCGGGUAUAUUCUACAUGUCACUAACAGCUGGACCACGGUGUUUCAGCUGACCGCAGUCAUUUGUACCGCGGGCUGCGCUGUGUAUAACGUCUUUGCCAAAGGGCAUAAAAUACUUUAAUGGGGAUAAGAUUAGAUUUGUUGCCAUUUUUAAUGAUAAAUUGCCAAUUUAUCUUGCAUUUAUGAAUUUUUUGGCUUUUGGGUACCUCUUUAACUUCUGGUUAUUUUAUAAAUGGUACAGAUUCCUCCCACUGGAAAGUUUUCGUAAAAUGUGGAAUUGCUUGAGAGGUAGUCCACUUUUACCGGGGAGACCAGAAAUUCAGGAAAAUCGUGAUGAUGUCACACAUGAUGGAUGAUGUCACACAUGGUGGAUGAUGUCACACAUGAUGGAUGAUGUACCACAUGAUGGAUGAUUUACAGUUUUCCAUAGAAUAUCUGACCGAGGCCCCAAUCGACCACUAUUCCCCAGGACCCCAAAAGUAGAAUUUCUGGGUACAGAAGCAAAUGGUACAUACGUCACUCCGGAAAUUCUAAAAAAAAUUCUAACCAUUAUGACAACCCCAGUUUCCGCCAGGUAUUUAUGGCUUAUUGUCUGAAAAUAGAAAUAACGAGUCUGUUGAUUGAUUCAUUAGUUUAAAAAAAUUUAAUCAAAUAGAAGAUCGCUCUAAGCACGAGAGAUAAGCAUAAAUAAGAUGCACCUACAUAUUAUUUUUCACCAUUUUAUACAUUAAUUUUAUUUCAAUGAAGGUGAAGCAUACAUUCCGUUUAAUAAAUCAAUUUACAUAGGGGCAAUAAAGGAUAAAUGAACAUA